AUGGAUAUAUCAAAAAAUAGUGGAAAUUUAACUCCAUCAGAAAAAAGAGAGUUAAGGAGGCAAAAAAUUUUAGGAAAUACUGAAGGAAGAGUUAAUAGAUUAUUCGGGGUUGCAGGAGUUAGACCUGAAGCUGCUCCAGCAUUAGAUGGUAUAACUCAAAAUCAAUUACAUGAAACAAUAAAUAAUCAUAUUCAGAAGGAGGAUAAGACUGAUAUAAAUAAAGGAAAAGCUUUUUAUGAUAAUGAUAAUGAAUAUAAAGAUACAGAGUUGGAGGAAUCAUUGAAAAAAAUAGAUAAUCUUGAUAUAAGUAAACUUAUCAAACCAAAUACCUUUUCAAUGAGGGCUAAUAUAUCUCUACUUAUUCUUGUUAUUAUAUUUUCUCUUACUAAUAUACCAUUUCUUCCAUCUAUAUUUAUGAUUGUUAUAUCAAAUGUUAUGGUUGAGAUAAGAAAAACAGCACCCAAAGUAGAUAAAGUUAAUCUUAUGUUAUUAUCAAUGGAAUCAAUGAAAAGAUUAGUUGUGGCAAUAUUUAUUUAUUUUAUAUUUAAUGUUUUAUAUAGUUAUACUACUCAUUAA